AUGUUGAAUUUAUCUUUAUUUUUUUAUAGAGGUUAUACGUGUCUAGAAUAUGCCAUGUUGAGACAAUUUUUUGAGAAAUAUGAUGUUUAUAGUUUUGGAGUCAUGUUUUUAGAAAUUAUGAUAGGAAAGAAAAAUGUAGGGUCCUAUGAAUCAUGUGAUGGUGUUAGUCUCCUGAGUUAUGUUUGGAGACAGUGGAGGGGUAAAACACCAUUAAACAUAUUAGACCCAAACAUUAAAGGAACUUAUUCUGAAAGUGAAGUCAAAAAGUGUAUUCAGAUUGGUUUAUUAUGUGCUCAGCAGUUCCCUAAUUCAAGAGCAAGAAUCGCAACAGUAAUUUCAUAUUUUAACAACGACUUCAUUGAACUACCAACUCCCCAAGAACCUGCAUUUUCGUUCCCUGGUCAAAUGGAUGCAAAUCCACAAGAAUCAAGUUCUACUCGGUUUAAAAAUACUUCCACAGCAUUGACGAUCAAUGAAUUGUCUAUAACCGAAUUGUUUCCUCGAUGA